UAUCGUUAGCUGCUCAGCGCGGACUCUCUGGGGCCUCGUCUCCUCUCCGCCGACGCCGUCACCGGCGCUUGAAACCCUACGCCUCUUGCUCCUCGCCGGAACCCGCAGGUUCAUGGACCGGCAAGCCCAGGACUACGCGGCCGCGGCUAUGGCGUACGCGCAGGCGCAGCAGGCGCCGCCGCAGUAUGGCUACCACCCGCAGGCGCAGGCGCAGUACCCGGCCCCCCACCCUCACGCCGCGCCGCCCUACGCCGCGCCGCAUCCGCAGUACGCGCACGCGCCCUACCCGCGCGCCAUGCCGCCGGCCUACCCGCACCUCCCGCCGCACCAGCAGCCGCCUCCCCCCUUCGCGGCUCACCCCCCGCCGCCGCACCACCCCUACGUGCAUCCGCCGCCCUUCGACUCCUCCGCCCCGCCUCCGCCGCAGCCCGUGGCGCCGCCGGCUGAUCCGGAGCUCCAGAAGCGCAUCGACAAACUCGUCGAGUACAUCGCCAAGAAUGGGCCCGAGUUCGAGGCCAUGAUUCGCGACAAGCAGCACGACAACCUGGACUACGCCUUCGUCUUUGGCGGGGAAGGCCACGCCUACUACAGGUACAUGCUCUGGCUCUUGCCGCGCCCCCCGCCGGCACCGUACCCGCCGGGGUCGAUGCAUAUGAUGCCGCCGAUGGGUCCGAUAUUGCGGGGGCCGCCGAUGCACCAGGCGGCAUACCCUCCGUUCUACGACCAGCACCAGCAGUUUGCUGCUGCCCAUGGGCAUGGGGAGUAUGAAACCGCGGCACAAUCCUUCAAGGGACUUUCAGGGCCGCUCCCCACGGAUGUUGCUGCUGAGCUGCAAGAAGUGCUUGGCAAUCUUAAUGGCACCAAGGAAUCAAUUAAGGGAGCCAAGACGUGGUUUAUGCAAAGGGCGCCAUUUGCACCAGCUCUAGCUGAAGCUCUUAGGGAGAGAGUAUUUGCCUUGGAGGAUCCAGAGAGGCAGCUGCACAUUAUUUUCCUGGUGAAUGAUAUUCUUUUUGAAAGCUUACAAAGACGAACUCAUAUCCGGGACCUUGAUAGUGUGGCUAUUGCUUUUAAAUUUGUACUGGGCUCCAUGCUUUCAAGGAUCUAUAAUAAUCCAGAGAGCAAAGAUCAUAAUCAGACCUGCCUUGAGAAAAUCCUGCAGUUCUGGGGUUCAAAGGAAGUUUAUGACCAGGAGGCCAUCGCUAACCUUGAAAGAGAGAUGAAAGGUGGGGUGCCAUAUCCUUUGGCACCGCGACAUGUUUCACCAGAUCCCUCUGCUAUUUCAGGAUCAGCGCAGCUGCCCUCAAAAUGGUCUUCGGAUCCUCCAGAGAAUGAUAAGGCAAUCCAUCCUGUUUCUGCUCCACCACAAUCUGUGCCUUCUGCACAAUUUUCAGCAAACCAAUUUUCAGCUGGUGUUUACCCUCCCGUAGGUCAAAAUACUUUUUCAGGAUCUUUGACCGUGCAACCGUCCUUACCUGCCUCUCUGCUUCCUCUAAGUGCUGCUCCAACUACUACAAAUGAUUCAAACCCACCUCCUUAUCCAUUAUUUCCCCCUGGCCUCAUUCCCGGAAUGGUUCGAAAAAUGCAAAUUGGGAGUGGAGUGCCAUACUCUCCCUUGAGCCCACUUGACAUCCCCACGGUCAUCCCUCCGUCGACUGUUCCAGAGUCCGAGAUCCUUGAGCGUGUAUCAAAGUUCUUCAGGGAGAUUGGGGAGGUAAACCCAUCAGAAGGUCCGAUGAAGCAAAGUGAGCCUGAUGAUUAUGAUGACUAUGAGAGGGAACUUCCUGCUCGAAAGGGAGGCGCAUGUAUUCCUCCCCCGCCUAACUUGCUUGUAAACCCAGAGACAGGGAUGCGUGCUGAUGGUACCGUUGGUAGCAAACCAGGGUCCAGCGGCCGGUUGGGUCUUGGAGCUUCUGCUGAUCCAAAUGAGGUGAGCCAGUAUGAUGAUGUCUAUUCUUCUUAUCGUAAACAGAGGAGCACUACAUACCAUUCCUCCAUCAGUACUCGCUCAUCGACAUCAAGGUGAAAGUGGCAUAAAUAUUGGGAGCGCCUCACCCUUUUUGGCUCACAUUGGAAGUGAUUUUGUAUGAGUGGACAGAAUUAUCUUAACAAAUUGUUGUACCAUGCAACUUUGUAAUAUCGCAAAAGAUGUGAACUACAGCUUAAAUUCGAGCGUAGUAUGCCAGUUGCAGAUUA